AGAGGGGCCCCCCCCGGCUCCCCCCCGGCUCCCAACCAGAGCAAGACGCGUCCUCCUCGGAGACGGGACUCGUCCCGGAGGGCGAGCGUCGGGGCCGGGCCGGAGUGUCCCGGGACGCCACUGCACCAGGCCACCUGGAAGAAGCUGCAGCUGUGUGACACUCCGUGCACCCCCCAGGGUCUACGGGCGAACUCGGACCGCCGCUCCACGGAGCGGCUCCCGGCCAGAGGCCCCAGGCACCUGCGGCUCACCCCCGCCACGGCCCCCGAAGAGAUGGCCUCCACGUCCCUCGUCAACAUCAACCCCUUCACUCCCGAGUCCUACCGCCAGCUCUUCCUCCAUUCCAGCGGCAAGAGGAAAGCCAGAGGAGAACAGGAAGAAGCCAGUCCGGUAGAGGCAGGCCUACCUGCUAAGAGAAGCGUCUUGCGUGAGAGCAACAUGGUCUCCCGCUACGACACGGAAUUCCUGGAGCUGGAGAAGAUCGGGGUCGGGGAGUUCGGCUCCGUGUUCAAGUGCAUCAAGAGGCUGGAUGGGUGCAUCUAUGCAAUCAAACGCUCCACGAGGCCUCUGGCAGGGUCCUUAAAUGAGCUCGCAGCGCUGCGGGAAGUGUACGCCCACGCCGUGCUAGGACAUCACCCCCACGUGGUACGUUACUACUCCGCUUGGGCAGAGGAUGAUCACAUAAUCAUCCAGAACGAGCACUGCAAUGGUGGGAGCCUGCAGGAUUUGGUGCUGGCAAGCAAGAGGAGCGGCCAGCUCCUUCCGGAGCCCGAGCUCAAGAACAUCCUGCUGCAAGUCUCCCUGGGCCUUCGGGGUAUCCACAACUCUGACCUGGUGCACCUGGACCUCAAACCCAGUAAUAUCUUCAUCUGCCGUAAGCUGACCGGUGAAUCCCCCGCUGUUCUGGAGGAGGGGGAGACUGAGGAUGACUGCUUCCUGUCUGCCAGCGUGAUGUACAAAAUCGGUGACCUGGGCCACGUGACUUCCAUCAGAAACCCCCAAGUGGAGGAAGGAGACAGCCGUUUCUUGGCCAAGGAGAUUCUGCAAGAGGAGUAUCGCUUCCUGCCCAAGGCCGACGUGUUCGCCCUGGGGCUCACCGUCGCCGUGGCCGCCGGCGCGGAGGACUUGCCGCUCAACGGGACCUCGUGGCAUCACAUCCGCCAGGGCAACCUGCCCCCCAUCCCCCAGCGGCUUUCUGAAGACUUCUACAACCUGCUGAAGCUCACGAUCGACCCCGACCCCGCGGCGAGACCUACGGCGGCGGCUCUGACCAGGCACCCCGUGCUCCGGCCCUCGCUGGGGCGAGCGGCGGAGCUCCGCCAGCAGCUGGACAUGGAGAAGGUGCGGACCGCCAAGCUGGAGAGCGAACUCCGAGCCACCCGGAUGCUCGAGAGCCUCAAGCAAGACCUCCGCCAAGGCGGCUCCAGGCCCUCUGCCCCCCGAGCUGCCCCGGCCCGGCCCAAGGGCUCUCGGCGCUUGGUGGGAGGGAAGAACGCCCGCUCUCUGAGCCUCACCUUCAUGGGCUACUGAUCGGCCCUCGGCCAUCGGGGGACCACCUUCCGGGCCUUCUCCCGCCGCCCUGAAAUAGAGAGAGGACCGGUCUGUUUUCCCCGCACCUCGAGGCCUAUUCUCUGUCAUUCCGAGAUCCCUGACGGAUACCAGCCUCUGACUAGAGCGACUGCUAGAACCUUCUCCUGGGUCUGCGGGC